AUGUCUGCCAAUUAUUCUACAGUCCCUGCUGCGGCAGUCAAACAGCCUAAACCCUUCAUCGUGCAUCAUACCGAUGAGCAGUUACGAGAUUUCAAGACUGCUAUUGAAUCUGCCAAGCUCGGUCCAACUACCUACGAAAAUCUUCAACAGGACCGAAAAUAUGGAGUCACCUCGCUAUGGCUCCGCGAGGCCGUGGCGGCGUGGAAAGAAUUUGACUGGCGCAAGGUGGAGGGUCAAGUCAACCGGUUCCCCAACUUCACUGCUGAAGUUGAGGACAAUGGUGUCUCAUACACCAUACAUUUCAUGGCUCUCUUUUCCAAUCGGGAUGAUGCUAUACCUGUACUCGCUCUACACGGUUGGCCAGGGAGCUUCCUCGAAUUUCUUCCUAUUUUCUCUCGGCUGUCUGCCAAGCACAGUACCCAAGAACUCCCAUAUCACAUCAUUGGUGGUGAUGUCGGGAGUAAGAUCGCACGCGUCCUUGGUGGUACCUUUCCGAGAGCCAAGGCCAUUCAUCUGAACUUUUCGAUUAUGCCUGACCCCGGGAACAUCAACGAAAUCGUCUAUGAUGACUUGGAGCGUGAAGGUCUCAAACGCGCCGAGUGGUUCACCAAGUUUGGCAGUGCUUACGCUCUUUUGCACGCUAUCAAGCCCGCCACCAUCGGCCUAGCACUAUCCGCCAGUCCUGUCCCCCUCUUGGCGUGGAUUGGUGAAAAGUUUCUCGACUGGACUGAUGAUGAUCUGCCACUUGAUGCUGUCUUGGAGUCAGUUUCACUUUACUGGCUAACCCAGUGUUUCUCGACAUCGCUCUGGCCAUAUCGGCAGCUGUUUACGCCUGGUAAUAUUGGUGCGCAUGAGAAUCCGGUGUGGCAUAUUAAUAAGCCACUAGGAAUGUCUUGGUUCCCCAAGGAGAUUGCGCCAGUCCCAGAGGCAUGGACUGCGACAACUGGGGACUUGGUACUGUUCAAGAAGCAUAACAAAGGAGGCCACUUUGCCGCCAUGGAGCACCCGGAUGUUCUGUUAGCUGAUCUGGAAGAAUUCAUUGACAUAGUUAAGGCUUCGAUUUAA